GUGCCUUACAUAGAGGCGUGUGGGCUCUCGGGACGUUAGGGAUAAUGUUUGCCACCAGUUAUGGAACCCUUGAAUUUCUGCACAAAUGCUUGUCUUGGAGGUGCUGGAUCCCAUUGAGCAAACUGGUUUAUGGAGCUUACUUAGCCCAUUACGCCAUCCAGACCAGAGCAGCGUACAAUACCGUUAAUUCCAGUGAGUUCAACUUCUUUGAUAUUGUAACUUAUGGACUGUCUGAUAUCAUAUUGGCGUUCUUAUCUGCCUUGGGACUGUACCUUACAGUUGAAGCUCCUACAAGGAUAAUACUUAAGGUGUUAUUAUUUCCUAGUAAGCCUGAAAACAAGAAAGACAAGCAAGAUGCGGAAGUUCAGGAGCAGGUCAAAAGUGAAACCAGACUUUAAAGUUUCAGCAGCUGCAAGUAAACAAAUUUAAUAACAUCUCAGAGAAAUUGGUAGCUAUAGAUGUCACUCUAUGAACGCAGAAUGAAACUAAGUAAACGAAUUUAAAAUAAAUGUUAUAAUUUU